UUGCUCAUCUGUUUUCUUCUUUCUUCUAUCUUACAAUUUUCAACAACAAAAAAAGAAAGGAAUUUCCCAUCAGGAUAAGGCUUCCCCAUCUUCGUUUAUUCGAUUCAGUAUUCAACCAUUUCAGAGUCUAGUAAUAUAAUACAUAAGAAAUUCAAAGUAACCCUCUUUUUUUUUUUUUUAUCUCUACAUUUUAUCAACAAUGUAGGAAAUAUCGCCUCCCCAUGUGCACUUCACCAGAUAAUUGAUGUAUCCACUGCUUUUACUAACUCCCUUUACUUCAUCUGCUACUUUCGUUUUCUCAGACGGUGUCGUUUGUUUUCGAAAUGAAUGAUGAUUCUAGUUCAGUGGGAUCCUCUGGGUUUAUCCACGGGAUGCAGCGUAUCUCGGUUCACGAUUCGCCGGAGGAUCCGGGGAGGUUUUCGUCGGAAGUGGAUAGAGAAGAUGAUGAUUUGGGGUCUUGUAGUUCGUCGUCGAUCGGAAGGAACAGUGAUGUUUCCGGUGAAUCAUCAUCGGACGGUGAAGAUUCAGCGGAGGCUGAAGUGGAAAGCCAGCUUAAAGAACCCUUGGAUUCCAUGGAUGCUCUAGUGGAUGCUUUGCCUAUGAGAAGAGGCAUAUCCAACUUUUAUACUGGCAGAUCAAAGUCCUUCACAAGUCUAGCCGAUGCAGCUGCUGCUCCAUCCGUUAAAGAUUUCGCCAAGCCGGAGGAUCCUUAUAACAGGAAACGCAAGAACUUAUUAGCUCAUGGUUAUUUUCUGGGGGAAAAUCGCAACCGAAGUUCAAUGGCUCUUCGAGCUAUUGCGAGCACCUCCGACUUCAACUCGAUUUCAUCAUCACCGUCCAGCUGCCUUCCACCUCUGCAUCCACAGUAUAAAAAAUCAACUGCCAUCAGAUCAUCAUCGCCGACUUCUCGACCGAACCCUCCUUGUCGGUCUUUCUCGUUAUCUGAUCUACAGUAUGCUGAUGCUUCAACUCCUAACAUAGCUGGUUUGGCUGUUCAUAGUGGCAACAAUGACAACAAACCGUGUUGAACUCAACCAAAGCUCCGCAUUCGAAAUUAUGAAACUGGAAAUACCCUAAUGGCAUUGAUCUUUGAGAAUGGAAACCGUCACCUCCCUGUUUCCUACUUUGAUCAAAUGGUUUAACUUG